AUGACGGAACCACCCUCCUCGACGGCCGCUACGGCGGUGGCCGCGACAGCCAUGUCGACGACCAACAACCCCGAGCUCGACCUGGCGAAGCUGCAGUCCCUCCCCGCCGAACAGCAGGAGCUCUUUCUGCUCAACUUUGUGACGGAGCUCAGCAAGCACGUCCACUCGCUCUCGGGCGACGACUGCACGGCCCAGCAGUUUUACCUCAAGAAGGAAAUCUUCCAGAUCCUCAACCUGGCCGCGCCGCAGCCCUCGCGCGUGAUACGCAACAACCUGGGCCGGUGCCUAGCCCACGUGUUUGCCAAGGGGGACCGCAAGCUGCUCUUCGAGACCAUCAACGAGCUCGUGGCCCUCGUGGCCGGCGGCAAGCCCAAGUCGGACGCGGACCUGCGCGCCAAGCACGCCGCCCUGGCCUGCACCACGCUCGUCAAGCUGCUCAAGGCGUCCCAGGCUAACGCGGGGCUCCGCGCCGCCGUGCUCGUGGCGCUGGCCAAGAUUGCCGGCAUGGUGGGCGCCAGCCUGGACGAGAGCAUCGCGCGCGACGUGUGGAAGCAGGCGAGGAACCACGCGGCCGGCGACAAGGGCUGGCUCGUCGUCGUGGCCGCGUGCCGCUGCCUCAAGAGCCUGGUGCGCAGCGCGCCCUACUUUCUCAACGCGUCCGAUUUCGACAAGCUCGAGACCGUCGUGUUCAAGGCCAUCGAUUCGCCCUCGUCUCAGGUCCGGCACGCCGCCGCCGACUGCUUCGCCGAGGCCCUCGUGCAGAGCUUCUCCGACUCCCCGAGCGCCGCCGAGGCCCACGCCCAAAAGUCCAAGAAGAAGUCCAAGGCCAUCAAGCGCACCCCGACCGGCCUCGUCGACGAAGACGAGAUCCCCUCACGGCCUCAGAGCCCCGCCCCCUCGGGCAAGUCGCGCGUCCUGACGCAGAGCUUUUCCGAAAUCCUCGAGAUCCUGUCCAACCGAUACGUGCGCUCCUCGACCACGAACCGCGCUCGUGCCGGUAUCGGCGUGUGCUACGGAAAACUCCUGCGGAAGCUUGGGGAAAAGGCCGUCGAGAACAACUACCUCGCUCUGGUAGAGAACCUCGCCAUUGAAAUCUUGGGUCAUACCACGGUGGCCAAUAACCGCUAUCGCCUGCUCCUCUCCAGGCGCAUCGUCACCAUCAUCCUCCAGGACAUUGUAAGCAACAAGGUGCUGGGCGAGGCCGGCCAGAUCCAAGCCGCCACCGCCCUCAUCAACAACGUGCUCAAGAAUUACCCCCAAGCGCUCCCGGAGCGACAGGAACCGGCCAAGAACACCCUCAUCACCGCGCUCAGCGCCCUCUCUUCCCUCAUCGCCGCCCUGGGUUCUGCUGCCAAUGGCUUUGCGGACAAUUGCCGUGACGGCCUCCUUCAGGUCCUUCAGCACCCCAGCUACGCCGUGCAGGUCUACGCCUCGUCCUGCAUGAAGACUUUUGUUCUUGCUUGUCCCCAGCAGCUCCUCCAGUGCCUCACCAUUUGCAUGAACACCCUGAGCCGCGAGCUAUCCCACCUCGGCACCGGGCGCAGCUCCCCGCCGGUGUGUGGGUUUCGCCCACGGUCUGGCGGCCACCCUGAGCGCGAGCCCCUCGCGUCCACUCUACGGCUCCGUCGACGUCAACAGUCGCGUGCUGACCAUGGCCACAAACCUGCUCAAGUCCAGCGGCCAGUCGGAGCUGCGCGUGUCCAGCACCCAGAUCCAGGUCGCCUGGAUCCUCAUCGGGGUCUCAUGGCCCUCGGCCCCAACUUUGUCAAGAUUCACCUGUCUCAGCUCCUCCUGCUCUGGAAGAACGCCCUCCCCAAGCCCCUCACCAAGGAUAACACGUCGUCCCGCAGCCUCCUCGAGGCCUCCUUUCUGGCUCACGUGCGCGAGUCCGCCCUCGGGUCCAUUCUCGCUUUUCUCCGGUUCAACCAGCGCCUGCUCACCGUCGACGUGUGCAAGCGCAUCGCCACCAUGCUGCAAAACACGACGGCGUUCCUGAGGACUUUGCCCUCCAAAAAGACCACCGACGAUAUCUCGCAGCGCCUCAUCCCCGCCCUCCAGCUGCAGGACAUUUACAUGAUGGUGCAGCGCCGCGUCCUCCAGUGCUACGUCAAGCUCGUGACCACCAGUCCCGCCGGUGGUAGCGAAGCGCUGCUGCAGUCUAACCUUCUCACCUUGGCCAUCUCGCUGUUUGCGGACCCGGAGAACUAUGGCGCGGGCAACUCGCUGAGCUCAUCCAUCGCCUCGGUCGCAGGUACUUUUGAGACCAUUUGGGAUAUCGGCGACAAUAGCGGCUUCGGCGUCGCGGGGCUCGUGCGGGGGUUCAAUGUCCGGAGCCUUCCCGGCCAGCACGAGAAUGUAUCCGACGUCCCGUCUCUGGACGACGGGAGCCCCGAAGAGGCGAUUGACAAGAUUCUGCUGUCCCCCAUCUGCGGGACGCUGGAGCAUGACGCCUCACUCCUGUACAUUGGUGGCUUGGAGGCUCUUCGCCUUUGUCUUCCCCUCACGCCUGCCAAGGUCCAAGAAAGCAUUCUAGAGCAAAUUAAGACUUUCUCCUCUGCCGGUCCUUUGCAGCGCGAUCCCGGUAGAAGGGCUGCCGUCAACGUCAACGUCUCGGCCGCGAUCUUGUCCACGCUUCGGGUCGCCGUCAAGGAGACCAAUGCGCCGCCGGGCGACAUUACCAACGCCGCGGUGGAAAGGCUGAUUCAGGACAUGAUUCGCGACAUCGUCAUCGACGCUGACCCCUACAUUCGCAGCAUGGGCUACGCUGCCAUGGCGCGCCUGUGCAAUGCCUGCGGGAACGCAUUCACGAACCACGAGAUCAAGUAUCUUGUGGACACUAUUGUAAUUAACCGCGAGCCUAGCGCUCGUGCGGGUUGUGCUAUGGCCCUGGGCGCGAUCCAGAGCAAGGUCGGCAGCAUGGCCUCGGGGUACCAGCUCAAGACGAUUCUCGGCAUCCUCAUGUCGCUGUGUAACGACCCCCACCCGACCGUGCAUUAUUGGGCCCUCGAGGCCUUGACGUUGGCGUCUGACGCGGCGGGUCUCAGCUUCUCGCCGUACGUGUCCAGCACGCUAGGCAUGCUCGCGCAGCUGUACUCCAAUGACACACACAAUCCCGAGAUCGCGUCCGCCGUGUCGAUGAACCUCGAGAUGGAGGUGUCUACGACGGCGGUCAUCGCCCGGUGCGUUGACUCCUUGAUCAACGUGCUCGGCCCGGACCUGCAGGACUCGACAAAGUCCCGGGAGCUCAUUCUUGGACUCGUUGGGCAGUUCCAGAGCGAGGAGGAGCUUCUCGUGCAGAGGGCGAGCCUCGGGUGCUUGGAACACUUGUCAUUGUACGCGCCCGGCUACGUUAUUUUCGCAGACUACGUGCGCACGUUGCAAAAGUAUCUCAACUGCGAGGAUGCCCUCCUCCGUGACGUGGCCGUGGAUGGCCUGUACAGCAUCAUGAAGCGGGAUCCGCGCGAUGUAAUCUUGGCUGCUGAGCCCGGGUUUGUCGAGCAGCUCUGGCUGGUGCUGGACACGGAGCCCUCGCACGACGGGAUCCGCAACAUUAUCCGCAACUGGAUGCGUCAAACUUGCCUCACGGAGACGGAGCCUUGGUUGCAGCGGUUCCAGGCCGUCCUCAAGAUGACGCGCACCAAGGCCAAGGAGGAGCAGAGCUCCCGUGGCAAGAACAAAACGGCGAUGCCCGACCUCCGCGACGAGGAGGACGUGGCGACCAACGGCGAGUCGGCGGGCCAGACGGCGCUGCAGGGCAAGCUGGCGGAUGUGGUGCGCAUGGCGUUUUCGGCUUCGACGUCUGGGGUGCUGGAACUCCGCAUCUGGGGCCUCAAGAUCAUUGGAGGCGUGCUCAAGAUGUUUGGCAAGACGCCGGACCCCGACUUUGACGAGGCCAUGCUCCUCGAGCAGUACCAGGCGCAAAUCAGCUCGGCGCUCACGCCGGCGUUUGCGGCCGACUCGUCGCCCGAGCUCGCGGCGGAGGCGGUCAACGUGUGCGCGAGCUUCAUCUCGACGGGCAUCGUGACGGACAUUGACCGCAUGGGCCGCAUCCUCAAGACGCUCGUGACGGGGCUGGAGAACUUUGCGCGGGAGUCGGACGGCAACGCCAGCAUCGGCGACCUCAAGGGCCUCUCGUCCAACGCGCAGGUCAUGGUCAAGAUGGCCGUCUUUGCCGCGUGGGCGGAGCUGCAGGUGGCGAGCUCGGAGCAAAAGUACCUGAUCGAUGUGCUGCGGCCGCACAUUGCGACGCUCACGCCGCUCUGGCUCGAGUCGCUGCGCGAGUUCUCGCGGCUGCGCCUGGACACCAUUUACGCGGCCCUCAACCGCGAGACGCUCCUCAAGUUCUACCAGGACUCGUGGCUCAAGCUCGUGGACGCCAUCGCCAGCCUCAUCGAGCAGGACAGCGAGUUUGUGUUUGACGCGCUCGACGGGAAGGGGGCGGGGGCGCCGGCGACCAACGGCGCGCCGUCGCGCGAGGCCGACAUCAACUACCGGGACGAGCCGGUGGCCUUCUUCUUCGUGCUCUUCGGCAUCGCGUUCGAGGCGCUCGCGACGAAGCCGUCGCACAGCGAUUCGCUGGAGCUGCAGGAACAAACGCUCUCGAUCCUCAAGGCGCUCAAAAAGAUUCUGCAGCCGAGCGUGUCGGGUCACGCCAUCUACCGCGACGCCGUCUUCUCGGAGACGAUGGACCUGCUGGACCGGCUGGUGCUCACGGACGGGCUCGACGUGCAGGGCCACAUUGGCCAGGCCGAGGACGAGGGCGAGGGCGCGGACCUGUCCGAGGACAUUGAGCAGCUGUUUGAGCUCACGCGCAUCAUCGUCCUCGUCGUCGCGGGCCUGCUGCCCAACCUCGCCGAGGGCAACCAGCCCGUGCGCCACCAGAUGACGGAGGAGGCUAUCCUCCUCAUCGGCACCGCGCUCGAUGCCCUCGUCGACGCCGCCGACGUUUUUCCCUCCAUCAUCAAGACGGACCUGCACGCUUGCAUCAUACACAUCUUUGCUACCGUGCUCGCGAACCCGGCCCGCUCCUGCCAGGAGCUCGUCGUGCCCCAGGCCCUGCCUACCCUCAAGCGUUUCGUCGGCAGCAUGACCAGGUCCCGCCAGCGGACCGCCAACGCUAACGCCAACGAGGCGGGCGGCGGCGACGUCUCGCAGACCGACAUCCAGCUCCAGGGCUGCCUUCGCAAGUUUUUAACCAUUUACCUCAUGGCGCAGAGGCGCGAGGAGCAGACCUCCCUCACGUGCGUCAAGAAUUGCCUGCUCGCGAGCACCAUCCUCUUCACGGGCGGGCAGCAGGGCGGCAACAGGUUGCCGGCCACGGAUGCCGUGGUGGCGCGCUAUUUGGAGGAGCUUCUCGACUGCCUGACGGAUCGAAUGACCGCCAAAAUGGCAGCAAACUGCAUCCGCUCUCUCCUCCUCCACCCGUCGCCCUCGCCGGCCGACCACUCCAUCGCCCGCUACCUCUUCCCGCGCCUCAUCACCUUUGUCACCAACACGGAACCCCAAGAUCCAGAGGGCGCGCGGGCGCUCGUCGCCCGCACCCUCGCGCAGUACGUCGCCGCCUCCCGCGCCCGCCUCCCCGCCGGCAUGGCCGUCAUGGUGCCCGCCCUCCUCUCUCGCGCGGCGGGCGAAGGCGGCGAGGAAGCCUACCCCGAUACCAAGGCGACGCUGCUCGAGCUCGCGGCGGCGGACCAGACCUGCUUCAAGGCCGUCGCCGGGGGUGGCGGUGCGGACCGGGCCGACAGGGACCAGGGACAGCCGACCAUUGCACUCAAGAUGGACUUUGGGGCGUGA